UAUGAAGUCACAUGACUUACCUUAACCUUUCGCCAUCUUGAAUUUGUAGCCGCCAUUUUUACUCUAGAUUUUACCUACAACGGCUUGCUGCCGUGGCAAUUUUGUUGAAAAGUGAAGAAUCCCAAAAGCUGAGUAUGGCAGGAAAUAUCCGGGAAGAACAAGUGCAUUGGGCCAAAAUUGCCGAACAGGCUGAGAGAUUCGAUGAUAUGGCAGAAGCCAUGAAAAAGGUAACAGAGAAUUUAGAGAACGAUGAAAAAAAGGAAUUGUCAGUGGAAGAAAGAAAUUUAUUAUCAGUUGCAUACAAGAAUGUAGUGGGUGCCCGAAGAUCAUCUUGGCGAAUGGUAUCACUGAUAGAAAAUAAAGCAGAGAGUACUCAACCAAGGCAUAAAUUAGCACAACAAUUUCGGGUAAAACUUGAAGAUGAACUUAAUAAAAUCUGCCAAGAGGUUCUUGAUCUUUUAGAUAAGCAACUCCUUGCAAAUGUUACUUCAGAUGAAAGCAGAGUGUUUUAUUUGAAAAUGAAGGGCGAUUAUUAUAGAUAUAUGGCUGAAUAUUCAUCAGAAGAGGCUAGGCCAGGUAUCGUAGAAAAUUCUCAGAAGGCUUAUAUGGAUGCGAUGGAUUGUGCUAAAGAGAAAAUGCCACCAACACACCCUAGCAGAUUAGGUCUCGCCUUAAAUUUCUCUGUAUUCUAUUACGAAAUUUUGAAUACCCCAGAGAGAGCUUGCCAUCUAGCAAAAGAGGCAUUCGAUGCUGCUAUUGCUGAAUUAGACAAUUUGGAUCAGGAGUCUUACAAAGACAGUACACUUAUAAUGCAGCUUUUACGUGACAACCUUACGCUAUGGACAUCUGAUGCCCAGCAAGAAACAGAAGGAGACAACGUUUUAUUUGACCUUGGUCUCAUUUUCAUGGUGCAGUGUGAAAGGAUGUCUGUCUGGCCUGGUUCAUCUGACCUUGACACCAUUUGUAAACUACCCUUCUUUCAGAAUAUACUAGUCCGACAGGUAACCAAUUGCAAUCUGUCUGUAGGACUAGGCUACUUUGGAGGGAAGUAUACCUUACCUAGAGCGAAAAUGAGUUCUCGAGAGGAAAGGUUGCUACAGGCAAAAAUAGCCGAACAAAUUGAGCGAUAUGACGAUAUGUCUAAGGAAAUGAAAUCUAUUGUUGAAUCCGGAGAUAAACCAUUGACAGACGAGGAAAGAAACUUGCUGUCGGUUGCCUACAAGAAUGUCGUUGGAACUCGUCGAUCCGCGUGGAGAGUGGUCGCAUCGUUGGAGCAGAAAGCCAUUGACAAGAAAGAAGAGGAAAAGAAACUGAAGUUAUCGACAAAAUACCGUGAGAAAAUUGAAACCGAAUUGAAUGAUAUUUGCGAUGAAGUGAUUAAUUUACUGGAUACUAAUCUAAUAGAAAAGGCCGAAUCGGAUGAAUCUAAAGUAUUUUAUGAGAAAAUGAAAGGUGAUUAUUACAGAUAUAAAGUAGAAGUAGCUGCACAAGCAAACCGUUCCGACUUAGCUGACAAAUCACGUGAUGCGUAUGAAAAGGCCUUCCAACAAGCCAAGGAAUCCAUGGGUCCAACAAAUCCAAUUAGACUUGGACUUGCAUUAAACUAUUCUGUAUUUUAUUAUGAAAUCAGGAAUGAACCACAAAAAGCCUGUGAACUAGCUAAAUCAGCGUUUGAUGAAGCUAUAGGAGAAAUCGAAACCAGCUCAGGAGAUGAUACGAUGAAAGACAGUAUGUUAAUCAUGCAAUUACUUAGAGACAAUCUUACUCUGUGGUCAUCGGAAAUGGACGACGAAGGUCAAGAUGAACAACAAACUGAAAAUUGAACAAAAUAGGAUUAAGAAAAAACAAACUAUUAUGUGUCUAAUGUGAAGGCGGAAGGCCAUGAUCUGUCAAACAAUAUGAUGACCUAAGUUAGUUUUUGAUGACAAAUUAUACGUGAAUGAUUAGCAAUAAGAAGUUUGUCGUAACCAUCACAAUUUAACAAAGGGUCGUGGCCUCCGGCUUUUUACAUGUACAAGGUACACCAUGUUCGUCUAAUAACCUAUGUUUGACAAAUAAUAGACAUAACAAGCUAAGAUACAAAUGUAUAACCAUGUUAUUUCGACUUGAAAACACUUUAAUUUCGACACGUUAGGUCCAUACAGGGUUCAAAAUUAAUGUUAUGAUUCCAAAAGUUUUAUACCUUUUAUUGAAAAUUUUUCAUUGUCAUUGAAUUGUGUUUCAAUCAUGUGAUCAUAUCUCAUUGAAAGUUCUCGUGAAAUCCCUGUAUGGAUCUAGACAGUUAUUAUAAUUUGAUUUUGGGAAUUAGAAAAUAUUAACCAAUGUAUAUUUUAAGAUUAAAUUAGUAAAUCUUUUUAUAAUUUUGUA